ACCAAUCCAGAAAGAGCGCGAAAGGGAUGCCAUAAUUUCUGCAGCUUCACGUGGCUGGUCCAAUAGAAGCGCACCUAGCUCAAAAAUAGCACUCAAAGCCCACUCUGUGAUGUCUCCAAACGCUGAAUUCAGCCCUAAUAGAUUAUUUAAGCAAGAAAGCUCACCUAAGCACCCACCAGUUUCACGACUUGGCGCAGGAGUUGAAUCAACACAGCGGAGGACGUCUUCUAGUUUCUCUCACGUUAGGAACAAUUCACUCGUACAAAAUUCACCUUUUAAGCAACAUCAUGAAAGCGUGCCAUCACCUUCAAUUGAUUACAGUGCUUCACCAAAGCCUGCAGCAUCACCUGGUAUGGGAUUAGGUCUCCACCCAAGCAGGUCUCCACAUAGGCACACUCAGCCACAGGAAACUUCGAUUCCAAAGCCGAAGCCACCAAGAAAAUCAAAAGGUUACAAUCUCCUGCCAUCCGCUCAACGCGUCACUCAGUCACCCUGGAGAAUACGCGACACGUCUAAUAGUUCCGCUGGAUCGGAGGCUGAAGACAUUGAAGCGCAUCCAGCAUCUGCAUUCUCCCCUCCAACUCCUCAACCAACUCAUCAAACUAAGCCCUUAUCCGUCUCUAAAAAGGUAGACGAAGAGCAGGAAUCGGAAGAACAAGAAAGACCACCAUCCGCUGGAAGUACUUUAUCAAGACGCAAGACUGUCACUUUUGACAACAGUCCUUCUGUUCAUGAGUUUGAGAGGGAACCUGAACUUGAUUCAAUCGCGACAGGUGUAUUUAGUCCUGAAUACGAUGACGAAUAUAAUAGUUAUGAUGAAGUCGAUGUGGAUGAGCAGGAUAUUGACUUAUACGAUGCUCAGAACGCCCAGGAUGCUCUUGUUGGAGCUAGCUGGGAAGAUACGCCUCCAAUGCCACCAUCAUCUACUUCUCUCGUUGAUCAGCAUACACUCAACAGGAAUAGACCAACUCCAGAAAGUCUGGAAAACACCCCUGAACUCGCUGAAGAUUAUGCACAUGAGGGCAUUUUAGAGGAAUAUUCGCAUGAGUAUCCUCAUGAGUACAAUGAUACAGAAUUGGAAGUGGACACAAGCUACCAAUCGGCUUAUCCAGAUGAAUCGGCAAGCUACUAUGAGGAUGAUGAACACUAUGAUGACAACUCUUCAGUUAUCGAUCAUACUUUCGAAGAAGAGCAAUACGAGCAUAGUCAAGAUCCAGAACGUACACAGAUGGAGGACCUCGUUGAUUCUAUCCUGAAAGAUGAACUAUUAAGAGACAGUGAGCGCAGGAAAUCGCUCGAAGAUCCUAAGUAUGCAUCCACAAGUCCGCUGAGAACUUCCACGAACAAACGUCAAUCAACACCAGUAAAGGAAACUACUCCAAGUAAGAUGCGCGAACUUGGGUUGGGAAGGCCACAAUCAAUGCCAUCACCUAAUCUCUCGCUCGAGUAUACUUCUCAGGACAUGGUCAGAGAUGACCCAAUAGUCGGACUAAAGCAGCCAGAGAAACAGGAGGAAGAACACUCGGUUGAGUUGGAAGAGGAGAAAGAAGAUCAUUCCAUCGAGUUUGAAGAGCAAAAGCAAAACCUCUCAGGGGAGUACGAGCAAAGUGACGAUGAUAUACGAGACAGAUCAGUCUUACCUGAAUUACCUCAUUCAUCGCCCUUAUGGGCUUUAUCACCACCUGCGGAGGAUGUGGCCAAAAUGCCUCGUCUAUCAUACGCUGAACGCCUGUCGUAUGGCGAACAAGUCCAUCCUCCAGAACAGCCAGGUGCAGACAAGGAGAACACACCAAAUAUUGACAGUCUAAUUUCACCUUUGCUCUCUCCUCGUUUGGAUGCUGCUGGAAAUCCCCUCUCUCCUAAUGCUGCUGGAAGCGUCACCAGACGUCGCAACCUUCGCGAAGCUGUUCAAGAGAAGAUGAGGAAGAAGAGGGAAGCGGAAGAAGCGAAUGCUGCUUUACUUGCUGAACGCGAGAAGGAUAGCAACAAAGAGGUCUUCACACCAAAAAUAUUGACUCCUGAAUUCGAUGAGCCGCAAGAAUCCCAACCACCAUCACCAAUUAAAGCUGCUAUUGCUGCUGUUGCGCCAUCUCCAAUGAAGAGUGGAAGGGAGGAUGUCUUUGAUAACACACCUAAAUCAUUUAGUACGCUUCAAGCACCACAGCAAGAAAAAGAACCUGAGCAAGAGCCUGAACCUGAACCUGAACCUGAACCUGAACCUGAACCUGAACCUACUCCAAUUGAAGAGGAAACUACCGCAGAUCUAGAAGGAUUCGCACCAUUUGUUUCACCAAAUCUUGAAGAUGCUGCAUUGCAGAGGCAAAUGUCUCUGCGUGGUAAUGCUAGUCUCCAAGAUCGUGAAAAUGCUAUUCUCUUAUCACGUCGUAAAUCCCGCGCUGACAAGGGCGAAAGACCAUCAAGACGGCGAAGCGUAUCAGCCGAUGCCAGUGAGACCCCAAGAAGGAAAGCGGUAUAUAGACCUUCAAGUGGGUUACCAACUCCUGGUGCGCUCACUGAGAGUGACUUUGGACAUGAUCUUGACCUCGAAAUGAGAGAAAUCUUUAAAGAUUCUGACAGAAAGUAUCGUUUAUUUGAACAUGAUGAGGUUAUUAGAGCAACAUCUUCUGAAGAGCAAGUUCAAAAGCCUAAGAUUAGUCAUUCAACCAAAGCUGGUGAUAUCGAUAGCGGGAAAGCCUGGAAGGUAAUAAAACGGCCAUCAGAUAUGAAUGAAUAUGCAAGCCAUCUUAAGGAUAUACGUGGUAAAGAAACGUUUAGUGAAGCUACUGGAAAAGUAUUCGUUAAGGUUGUUGGGCUUCGUGAUGUGGAAUUGCCAAUACCAGUUGCAAAGCAAACUUAUUUCUGCUGUACACUUGACAAUGGUAUCAAUCAUGUCGCAACUCCUUACACAGUCCUUAAAAAGGAAGCACCAAUGGGCCAAGAGUUUGACUUGAUUCUCAACAAAAACUUAUUCUUCACGCUUUCAUUCAAAUGUCGUAUGGAUGACCAUUUAGCGCCACCACGUCCACCACGUUUCAGACCAGCGAUGGUAACACCUACACAACCACCUCCUUCACCAUCAAAGAGUAGCCUCGGUUUCAGAUCACUCUUCAGCUCGCCAAGGAAGGAGAAAAAGAAAGCCCAGCAGGAGCAACAACAGCAACUUGAGCGUGAAAUUGCAUCAUCGAAAUUGGAAGAACUUGAACCUGUAAUGCCAACUGAGCCAAUGUUGAAUUUCCUCCAAAAGGAUGGUUCAUUUGGAAGUACACGCGUUAUUUACAAUGAGGUCGCGCAUAGAUGUCAAGGAAGGAUGAUUGAAUUAAUCCUACCACUCGAGGGCAAGUUCACAAAGAAUGAUGGAAGCGUUACGAAAUGUAUCGUUGGUAAAUUGGUAUUACAUAUGCUCGGUAUACCUAAUUUACCUGGUGUCACUCAGAAGGACCUUCCAAUGUCUUUGGAUCAUACUGCUAAGGUCAUGAAAGAAAUGCAAUGGCAUAAGAAAAAAGUUUGUCAAUCUGUUUUAACGCAAUUAGGUGGAGGUGUCACUUCAUGGAGACGUAGGAUGUACAGUCUAGUCGGUGGAAGAAUUAUAGUAUUCAAUGAAAUUUCAAAGCGGGCCAUAGCUACAAUUGAUCUACAAACGGCCGUCACUGUUGAAGAUGCCAACAACGCAUCCGGAGAGGCAGUCGAGAAAGGAUGGGUAGAUGAAGGCGAUGCUAGUGUAGAACGUUCCUUCAUACUUGUUCUCAAGGUUGACGACGUUGAAGAAAAGCUCCAUUUCUUCAGUGAUACCGACGAUGACAAAGACGUUUGGAUUAAGGAGCUCUCUGGAAUAAUUGGCCGUAUACCACCAAAACCACUCUGGGCACAGGCCUUAGAAGAACGCCAAUCACCACCACCUUCACAACUUCCACAACGUACAACCUCUAAUCUUACAUCUUCUCAACAGGCACCUCAAAUGCCUCGUCAAACAUUGUCACCUAUUAAGGCAUCUCCUAUUCCAUCUGCUCAUGCACUCUACACAUCUACAAAUCGUAGACCACCACCAGCACCUUCGACAGGUAUGGCUCAUCCAGGUCUAAUGGCAAGUCUGGCAUCGAGACAGGAGGGCGUUCCAACACCAACGAAGAAUCAGAAUGGUCCAGUCAGCGUACAAUCUUCAACUAAAGGUGUCAAUCAGUCAACUUACGACAAGAAGAGUCUGAGAGGUAGCAUAUUCUCAAGUAUUGGUAGUAGAUCUGCGACACCAUCACGAUCAUACACUCCAGACACAAGCUUUAGGUCAACCACGAAAUCAUUCUUCGGAUUUAAGUAA